UCGUGACAGUUUUGUUCUCGUCUGCACCUCUCGCACCAACCUCAAAAUGCCGAAGCAAGUACACGAAAUCAAGGACUUCCUCAUGGCCGCUCGCCGCAAGGAUGCGCGCAGCGUAACCAUCAAAAAGCAGAAGAACGGAUCGCUCAAAUUUAAGGUUCGCUGCUCAAAGUACUUGUACACCCUCGUCGUCAAGGAUAGCGACAAGGCCGACAAGCUCCAGCAAAGCAUGCCUCCAGGGCUCCAGCGGAAGUCGAUCCAGUAAAUGCUUUCUCUGCAUUCCCACACGGCGGAGAUGUAUCCUGCUUACUUUGAGUCGUGAGGCGGAACUUUCAUUCAAAAAGCGCCGUCUUUCGUAAACUUAUCAAACUCCUAUUCUCUCGCUAUAGCGGCACUAAAUACGGUCUUCUCUCCAUGCCUUAUCGACAGGCUUUCACCUGCAGCGGUCCGCUGCGGCGAAACAAGCUUAUCGAGAUUGGCACGUGAUAUCCUUUUGGCUAUUAGUCACCUCGAAAAGCGAUCGUGAUGGCGUAUCUCUGCACCCGGGAUUGUUGGUAUUCAUUUUGAAGCGCUCUAUCUUCAAGAUAAGUUUUAGGCACGGGG